UAAGCGUCGCUGUUCACCAAAGUGGGAAAGAAGCUUUCGCUGUUGCGUCCUGUGUCUCAGCUCCUGCGCCAAGCAAGCACAGACAAGACAAGCUCCUAAGGAAAAAUUGCUGACCCGCGCUCCUCAUUCAUCUUUGUCGGCAAUACGUUACCCUUGAAUUUAGAGAAAUAAAGAAAUAGCAGCAGGAAUCAAAAUGAGGAGAAAAUUGGGCCGAGAGAAGGCAAGGGCGGAGUUACCAAGGAGUUGGGGCUGCAGAAAGCUGCUCCUGCUUCUCAUGGUCCUGAGGACGCCAGGGGGAAUCGGAGGCGAGCAGAUCCGCUACUCGGUGCCAGAGGAGAUGGACAAAGGCUCCUUCGUGGGCAACAUCUCCAAGGACCUGGGCUUGGAGCCCCAGGCAGAGCAUGGAGUCCGCAUCGUCUCCAGAGGUAGGACGCAGCUCUUUGCUUUGAAUCCGGGAAGUGGCAGCCUGGUCACCGCGGGCAGGAUAGACCGAGAGGAGCUCUGCGCCCAGAUUACGCCGUGCCUGGUGAGUUUUAACAUCCUGAUUGAGAAUAAAAUGCAAAUUCAUGGCGUAGAAGUGGAAAUAGUUGAUAUUAAUGAUAACUUCCCACGUUUUCGGGAUGAGGAAGUAAAAGUUAAGAUUAAUGAAAAUGCCCCUCCAGGAACACGGCUCGUGCUUCCCUUUGCGCGGGAUGCGGACGUGGGUAUCAAUUCCCUCCAAAGUUACCAGCUCAGCUUCAAUAAGCAUUUCUCUUUGGAUGAGAAAAGCGAAAGUGAUGGGCAAAAAUAUCCAGAACUGGUACUGGAAUGGCCCUUGGACCGCGAGAAAGUGGCAGUCCACGACCUUCUUCUCACAGCUUUAGACGGUGGACGCCCCAUACUCUCGGGCACUACGCAUAUCCGAGUAAUGGUCCUCGACGCCAACGAUAAUGCGCCCCUGUUCACUCAGUCAGAAUACAGGGUGAGUGUUCCAGAGAAUAUAUCUGUUGGCACUCGGCUGCUCACACUUACUGCCACAGACCCAGAUGAAGGACUAAAUGGGAAACUGACCUACUCUUUUCGCAAUGAAGAAGACCAAAUUUCUGAGACGUUCCAACUUGAUUCCAACCUGGGUGAAAUUACGACUGUCCAACCAUUGGACUAUGAAGAAUCCAGAUUCUACUUCAUGGAAGUGGUAGCUCAGGAUGGUGGUGCUCUUCUUGCCAGUGCAAAAGUGUUGGUCACAGUAGAGGAUGUGAAUGACAAUUCCCCUGAACUGACCCUUACCUCUCUUGCCAGAUCUGUCUCUGAAGACUGCCUUCCAGGAACUGUCAUUGCACUGUUUAGCGUGCACGAUGGUGAUUCUGGGAAGAAUGGAGAGAUUGCAUGUUCCAUCCCUAGGAACUUGCCCUUUAAAUUGGAAAAUUCUGUUGAUAAUUACUAUCAUUUAGUAACAACCAGAGCUCUGGACAGAGAAGAGAUCUCAGAAUAUAACAUCACAGUCACUGUCACUGAUGGUGGAAACCCACCUCUCUCUACAGAAAACCACAUCUCCUUGAAAGUGGCAGACAUCAACGACAACCCUCCCAUCUUUUCUCAUACCUCCUAUUCCACCUACAUCCCAGAAAACAACCCCAGAGGCAUAUCCAUCUUCUCUGUGAGUGCCCAUGACCGUGACAGUGGCAACAAUGCACAGAUCAUGUACUCUUUGGUCAAGGACUUGUUUCAGGGGGCACCUCUCUCCUCCUUUGUUUCCAUCAAUUCUGACACUGGUGUCCUCUAUGCUCUUCGCUCAUUUGACUAUGAACAAAUUAGAGAUCUACAGCUAUGGGUGACAGCCAGUGACAGUGGGGACCCUCCACUCAGCAACAAUGUGUCCAUCAAUCUGUUCAUUCUGGACCAAAAUGACAAUGUACCUGAAAUUUUAUACCCAGCCCUCCCCACUGAUGGCUCCACUGGGGUAGAAUUAGCUCCCCGCUCUGCAGAGCCUGGAUACCUGGUGACCAAGGUGGUAGCAGUCGACAAAGACUCAGGCCAGAACGCUUGGCUGUCUUACCGCCUGCUCAAGGCCAGUGAGCCAGGGCUGUUCGCAGUGGGGCUGCACACUGGUGAGGUGCGCACUGCCCGUGCCCUGCUGGACCGAGAUGCACUCAAGCAGAGCCUGGUGGUGGGGGUCCAGGACCAUGGUCACCCCCCUCUAUCUGCUACUGUCACACUUACAGUGGCUGUGGCAGACAGCAUUCCUGAUGUUCUGGCAGACUUGGGCAGCAUCAGUGCCCCCACUAACCAGGAGGACUCAGAUAUUACCCUCUACUUGGUGGUGGCAGUGGCCGUGGUCUCCUGUGUCUUCCUGGCCUUUGUCAUCGUGCUGUUGGCACUCAGGCUGAGGCGCUGGCAUUCAUCGCGCCUGCUGCAGGCUUCUGCAAGCAGAUUGGCUGGCAUCCCUGCCUCACACUUUGUGGGCGUGGAU